AUGUCCUGUCCGUGUACCUCGGCUGCAAGGUUGCUCCUGAAUACAGCUCAUCGAGGAUUUUCUUGCUCACGGUUGCAGUUUUAUUCUCUGAGUCGCCAUGGCUCUAGAGAUGCUCAUCUACCUCGUUUGCGGGUGAGAUCGUUUUCCGAGACCACCAUCUGCUUUGCCUCCAAAGACGGCCCCACAAAGGACACUGGGAGCGAUGGUGGAAAGAAAAGUGUCAGUGAGGGAAAGAGGGCCUCGGGUUCCGGGGGUUCCGGCAAGGGUGGCAGUCAGCUCCGAUGCCCCAAAUGUGGAGACCCCUGCACACAUGUGGAAACCUUUGUUUCAUCGACACGAUUUGUCAAAUGUGAAAAAUGCCACCACUUUUUUGUGGUUUUGUCUGAGACGGACUCCAAGAAGGGACUAAACAAAGAGGCAGAGUCAGCUGCCGAGGCAGUAAAACUUGCUUUUGCACAGAAACCUCCCCCUCCUCCCAAGAAGAUUUACGCUUACCUUGACAAGUACGUGGUGGGACAGUCAUAUGCCAAGAAGGUGUUGGCCGUAGCCGUGUACAAUCACUACAAGCGCAUCUACAACAACAUCCCUGCAGGCAGUCGCCAGCAGGUGGAGGUGGAAAAACAACCCACUCUGACACCUCGGGAGCUAGAGAUGAGAAGACGAGAGGAUGAAUACAGAUUCACAAAGUUGCUGCAGAUUGCCGGGAUCAGCCCCCAUGGCAACGCUCUGGGAGCCUCCAUGCAGCAGCAGACCAGCCAGCAGGCACCCCAAGAGAGACGAGGAGGGGAGGUCUUAGACUCCACACAUGCCGACAUUAAACUGGAGAAGAGUAACAUCAUACUUCUUGGUCCAACUGGCUCAGGAAAAACUUUGUUGGCACAGACGCUGGCUCGCUGUUUGGAUGUUCCUUUCGCAAUUUGCGACUGCACCACACUAACUCAGGCCGGUUAUGUUGGAGAAGACAUAGAGUCGGUCAUUGCGAAACUGCUGCAGGACGCUAACUACUCAGUCGAAAAAGCACAGCAAGGUAUUGUGUUUCUGGAUGAGGUGGACAAGAUUGGCAGCGUGCCUGGCAUCCAUCAACUAAGGGAUGUGGGAGGAGAAGGAGUUCAGCAGGGGUUACUCAAACUUUUAGAGGGCACAAUUGUCAACGUUCCGGAGAAAAACUCCAGGAAGUUGAGAGGAGAGACGGUUCAAGUCGACACAACAAACAUCCUGUUUGUGGCCUCGGGUGCAUUCAAUGGACUUGACAGAAUCAUUAGCAGAAGAAAGAAUGAGAAGUAUCUAGGCUUCGGAACUCCGUCCAAUUUGGGAAAAGGGCGCCGUGCGGCAGCUGCGGCCGACCUUGCCAACACCAGCGGCGAAACCGACACUGUGGCCGAGAUUGAAGAGAAGGACAGGCUGCUGAAGCACGUGGAGGCACGAGACCUGAUCGAAUUUGGAAUGAUCCCGGAGUUCGUGGGCCGUCUUCCUGUUGUGGUUCCUCUCCACAGUCUGGAUGAAGAAACACUCGUCCGUAUCUUGACAGAGCCACGCAAUGCCGUGGUGCCACAGUACCAGGCUCUGUUCAGCAUGGAUAAAUGUGAACUCAACGUGACUCAAGAUGCCUUGAAGGCCAUCGCCCGCAUGGCUCUGGAAAGAAAAACUGGAGCUCGUGGGCUCAGAUCAAUCAUGGAAAAGCUUCUUUUGGAGCCAAUGUUUGAGGUGCCUCACUCUGACAUUAUGGCUGUCGAGUUGAACAAAGAGGUCGUCCAGGGGAAGGUGCAACCCAGAUACAUCAGGGCUCCGGCCAAAGAACAGACAGACGACGACUACGAUUCCGGCAUGGAGGAGGAAAACUGGCCUCGCCAGGCGGAUGCUGCAAACAUCUGA